UCGCCAAGCGCUCUGUGCUCUGCUCAUUGGUGAGUGCAGCUUCUGUCAGGUAGCCAUGGCCGGAGUCGUGGUCAGUGGAACUCAAGUGUCCUACAUAGGCCAAGACUGCAGAGAAAUUCCAGAGCACCUGGGCAGAGACUGUGGCCAUUUUGCAAAGAGGCUGGAUCUGAGCUUUAACCUUCUGAGGUCACUGGAAGGACUGAGCGCUUUCGGGAGCCUGGAGGAACUCAUCUUGGACAACAAUCUGCUGGGGAACGACCUCGUGUUGCCAGGGCUACCCAGGCUCCAUACCUUAACCCUCAACAAGAACCAAAUCACUGACUUGGAGUGUCUGCUUGAUCACCUGGCAGAAGUGACCCCAGCUCUGGAGUACCUCAGCCUUCUGGGUAAUGUGGCAUGUCCCAAUGAGCUAGUCAACUUGGAAAAGGAUGAGGAAGACUAUAAGAGGUACAGAUACUUUGUUCUUCACAAGCUGCCCAACUUGAAGUUUCUAGAUGCUCGGAAAGUAACCAGACAAGAGCGGGAGGAGGCUUUGCUCAGAGGGGCAUUCAUGAAAGUGGUGAAGCCCACAGAUUCCAGUGACAGUGUUGCUGCCUCUCCAGAGCACCACUAUACACCCCUGCCUUCUGCUUCCAGAGAGCUCACCAGCCACAGAGGUGUCCUCGGGAAGUGUCAAUACAUUUAUUACGGCAAAAACUCCGAAGGGAACAGGUUUAUCCGAGAUGACCAGCUCUGACACCAAAUUGGGGAGGCCUUCACCUGUGUGCCGCCAUGC